AUGUUUUCAUCAGCUGGUUCUUCCUCUUACUCCGCUUCUUUUCUUGUCAUAUGAAAGCUAACGGGCUAAAGUAACAGUUACCAUGGAGGCGGGUCGGUCCACACCGGGACAGCGACGUGGUGUCACCGGACAACGAUAACACCCGUCCACGGUGACCCCCCCCGCCCCACACACACACACCUAUACCUGUCCAGCUUUCACUUACUCGCGUCGGUCGGUUGUCUCGGGGACUUUAACCCUCGUUUAUCUCCGCCGCGACUCGUGCUAACGGGUUAGCCUGUUAGCUGGUUGGCGAGCUAGUUAUAAAGCGGGUUCGCUCCGGGCUAACUCACUCCCCACCCGGACGGACAUGUGCGAUGGCAUCGGUUCGGGUGGCAGUCCGGGUCCGGCCCAUGAACAGAAGGGAGAAGGACUUGACUGCAAAAUGCAUCAUCAAGAUGGAGGGAACCAAAACCUCCAUCACCAACCUGAAGAUUCCCGACGGCAUCGCGGCGGAUUCCACGAGGGAUCGAACCAAAACGUUCACGUACGACUUCUCGUACGACUCGAAGGACUGUAAGAGCUCCGCCUUCGUCUCCCAGGAGAAGGUCUUCAAGGACCUCGGCUCGGACGUGCUGCGGGCGGCGUUCGAGGGCUACAACGCCUGCGUCUUCGCCUACGGUCAGACCGGCUCGGGGAAGUCCUACACCAUGAUGGGGAAUCCGGGCGACGCAGGUCUGAUCCCGAGGUUUUGCGAAGGCUUGUUCAGUCGUAUCGCCGCGGCGACGCGAUGGGACGAAGCUUCCUUUCGUACGGAAGUCAGCUACCUGGAGAUCUACAACGAGAGGGUGAGAGACCUGCUCAGGAGGAAGUCCACGCAGACCUACAACCUCAGAGUCCGGGAGCACCCGAAGGACGGGCCGUACGUGGAAGAUCUGUCCAAACACCUGGUGCAGAACUACAGCGACGUGGAGGAGCUGAUGGAGGCCGGAAACAUCAACCGCACCACCGCCAGCACGGGCAUGAACGACGUCAGCAGCCGCUCGCACGCCAUCUUCACCAUCAACUUCACGCAGGCCAAGUUCGAUGCGGAGAUGCCCAGUGAGACGGUCAGUAAGAUCCACCUGGUCGACCUGGCCGGCAGCGAGCGAGCCGACGCCACCGGAGCGACGGGCGUCCGGCUGAAAGAAGGCGGGAACAUCAACAAGUCGCUGGUCACCCUCGGCAACGUCAUCUCCGCUCUCGCUGACAUGACGCAGGACGGCGUGAACACCAACCUGAAGAGGAAGUCGGUGUUUGUCCCCUACAGGGACUCGGUGCUCACCUGGCUGCUGAAGGACAGCCUGGGCGGCAACUCCAAGACCAUCAUGAUCGCCACCGUUUCCCCCGCCGACGUGAACUACGGCGAGACGCUCAGCACGCUGCGCUACGCCAACCGGGCCAAGAACAUCAUCAACAAGCCCACCAUCAACGAGGACGGCAACGUGCGGCUCAUCAGAGAGCUGCGGGCCGAGAUCGUCCGCCUGAAGCUGCUGGUUCAAGGCAACCAGAUCGCUCUCCUGGAUUCGCCCACCGCUCUGAGUAUGGAGGAGAAACUGCACCAGAACGAAGCCAGGGUCCUGGAGCUGACUAAAGAGUGGACCAACAAAUGGAACGAGACGCAGAACAUUCUCAAGGAGGAGACUCUGGCCCUGAGGAAGGAGGGGAUCGGCGUGGUGCUGGACUCCGAGCUGCCUCACCUCAUCGGCAUCGACGACGACCUCCUCAGCACCGGCAUCAUCCUGUAUCACCUAAAGGAGGGACGGACGUACGUGGGCCGAGACGACGCGUCCACCGUGCAGGACAUCAUCCUCCACGGCCUGGACCUGGAGAGCGAGCACUGCGUGUUCGAGAACCAGAGCGGGAAGGUGACCCUGGUGCCGCUGGGGGCGGCCCAGUGCUCCGUUAACGGGGUUCAGGUGACGGAGUCGUCGCAGCUCAACCAAGGCGCCGUGAUUCUGCUCGGCAGAACCAACAUGUUCCGGUUCAACCAUCCGAAGGAGGCGGCCAAGCUGAGGGAGAAACGGAAGAGCGGCCUGCUCUCCACGUUCAGCCUCUCUAUGACGGAUCUGUCCAAGUCCUGUGAAAGCCUCUCCGCCGUGAUGCUCUACAACCCCGGGCUGGAGUUUGAGCGACAGCAGCGGGAGGAGCUGGAGAAGCUGGAGCUGAAAAGGAGGCUGAUCACAGAGAUGGAGGCAAAGCACCAGAGCGAGAAGGCGGAGCUGGAGCGCCUCCAGCAGGAGGUGGAGAGUCAGCGUAAGGAGUCGGAGGAGGUGCAGCAGCGGAUCCUCCACCAGGAGGAGAGCCUCCGCCGCCGCAGCCAGGACAUCGAGAGCCGCCUGCGAGACUUCCUGGCCGAGAAGGAGCGCUUCGAGGAGGAGAGACGCUCGGAGAUCCACGCGCAGGAUUCAAAGGGAAAGCGCCAGCAGCAGGAGGCGCAGGAGGGGGAAGCAGAGGAGCAGCGGCGGCGGCGGCGGCAGCAGGAGGCAUCCGAGCAGGCCGAGAUCUACCGCGAGCUGGAGCGACUGAAGAAGCAACGCGAAACACCAGAAAGUUCGCUCGGAGCAGGCGCGCCGGGGGCUUGGAGGCACAAGAAGCGCGAGCAACUGACCCUUGUGGCCGGCUGGAAGGAGCAGCUGAGGGAGAAAACACGAGGGCAGCCGCCUCCUUGCUGACCCGGGACCGACGCCCGCCGCCUGGAGCGGAGCGUCAAAGCUCUGGGCGAGAUCAGAGAGGCCCUCCUCCGCGCCAAAGAGACCUCCGAGCGGCCGCAUGUGGAGGACGGCGGCGAGGAGGCCAGAGCGGCCCAGGCCCGGUACACGGACUUCAAGGAGGCGCAGGUGAAGGAGCUGGGCCAGCUGGAGGAGGGGCUGCGGCAGCAGAGGGAGCGCCUGGAGAAAGAGGUCGCCGCCGAGCGCAACGCGCUGCUGCUCCUCACCCACGGCGUCCGGGGGCGACACCAGCAGCCGAAGGAGGCGCAGGAAGGCGUCUGCCAGGAGGAGCAGCAGCAGCUGGUCAGGCAGGCGGAGCAGCGACUGCAGUUCAAGGAGCGGCAGCUGGCCAGCGUGGCCGACCUCCUCCUCCCCGCGCUGGCCGAGGAGAAGCAGCGGGCGGCGGAGACGCUGGAGCGCGGCGGCGGCGGCAGCAACGGGAACUGCGACAGCCCGCCGGGGCUCGACAACACGCUGUUCCAGGUGGAGAAGGAGCUGGAGGACAGGGAGGAGAAGCUGAACCUCCACUGGCACGGCGCCCAGCAGCUCCAGCAGCUCCAGGAGACCUACGAGUUCACGGCCAACGUGGCGCGGCAGGAGGAGAAGGUGAGGCGGAAGGAGAAGGAGAUCCUGGAGGCGAAGGAGAAGCAGCAGCGGGAGGCGAUGGAGCAGGCGGUGGCGCGGCUGGAGAGGAGGCACUCGGCGCUGAGGCGCAGCGUCUCCCUGGAGCCCGACGGCGAGGAGCAGGCCGAGAACGCGAGGCCGGGCGCCGACCUGGACCAGCACAGGGUCGAGCAGGAGAUCCAGGAGCUGAGGCAGCGGAUCGGCGGCGAGGAGGAGAAGACGGGUCACAGCAGCUCCCCGGGCGGCCGCGGCCUGAGCGCCGUGCUGCCGCUGUCCGACGACAGGAUCAACGCGUACAUCGAGGAGGAAGUCCAAAGGCGCUUACGCGAGAUGAACCUGCUGAAUGGCGGCGGCAGCAGCGUCGACCUUUCUCUGUCCUGUGAAUCGCUCCGAGAUGAUGAAAAGCUUCCAAACAUGAAUCCAAGGAGGCUUAAAUAUGAAAAAGCCUGCGGGUUUCAGCCGAGCUUCCUGCCGGGCUCGACCCCUCUUGACCUCCUCAAAAACACGAUGGAAGAACCAAAGUCCAACCUCUUAAAGAUGCACGAAGAAGAAGAACCCACAGCUGAAGAGGAGGUGCCUUGCAAAGCCGGUGGAAAGAACCACUGGCGGCACCGCGGCGAACCGGAUCGCCGUCACGAGGCGUGCCGCUCGUCCGCACAGUCGGAGACCAACGCGGUUGACGGCGAGAACGUCGCCGUUGAGCGAAGAACGAGCUCCGCCUGCCGGUUUCCCGAUGGGGGCGAAAAGGUCGAAGAAGACGCGGCGGCGAGCAAACGCGUCGCGCGGGCGAUGUCAGAGGACGCGGAGCCACGCCGCCGCCCCAACUCCGUCGACGCCGCCGAUUUCAAGCAGGACCCAAAGGAAUCUCUCAUUGGGGGAAUGAAACGCGAGACGGGCAAAGUGGCGGCACGCGGCGCCUUUGGUUUGGGGUAUUUGACCGGAAGGUUGUCGGAAGCGUACGCAGACGCCGGCAGGAGGCUGCAGGGCACGCGGGAAAUCCUCCAGAAGGUAUCGGUGGGGGACGUGAAGGUGGUGCUCUCUCAGUAUGUGACCCUGAUGUCCAACGAGCUCCAUCGACUGCGGCUUCAACCGGAGGCAGAACGCCGCGUCCUCCCGGGAGACCGAGCCGCGCCGGGCGACCGGCCUUCGGGCGGCGCCUUCGGGCCGGCUCAGAAUCUCGGCCCGUCUGCGAUCCCGGGGAUCUCGGGGUGGCCUGAAGGCUCCGUGUCCUCGCUCCGGGACGGGCGUCCCGAGGUCUUCCGUCAGAGGCUGGUCCAGCUGCCCCCCGCCCUGUCUCGCCUGCGCUCGCUCCCACCCCGCGAGAUGCUGGGAGCGUUGGCGGCGCUGAGCCCGGGGGCGCGGGUCGGCGAGCUCGUGAGCGUCUUCUGGCUGCAAACCGCCGGCGUGGAGCAGCCGCUCCCGAAUCCCGGGUGCCUGCUUUUGUCGGAAAAGGACGUGGUGGUGCUGUCGAGCGGGACGGACCCAGACGACCCCGUGGUGCUUCGUCACCGCUGUGGUCUCCUGGAGGUCAAGGAGGUCCAGGUCGGUUUGGCCGGGCAGCACGUCCGCCUGAUUGGCGGCUCCGGGGACGCCGUCCUGGUCGUGUUCACGCGCAGCAAAGAGCUCACGCAGGAGUUCUGCAGAGCUCUGCUGAAGCUCCUCUGCCCGGGAGGGUCUCCCCGAGGGGCCGAGGACCGCCCGUUGCUCUCCGGUGACCUCAUGGUCCUGUCCCUGGACUGGACGUCCAGCGUCCCCGACGUCGUGCUGGACCGCGGCCUACGCCUCACCUCCAGAUUCAACCGGGUCCUCGCCGACCUGCUCUACAUCGUCCACGGCAACAUGGACGGUCCCGGCAAACCGUCCCUGGCGCACGUUUGUCCUCUGCUCUACACCAGCGUGAAGGUCAAGAGCGCCGCCGAGAAAGAAUACCGGCAGGACGCCAUUCUGCAGUUCCUCCUGACGGACACGCACGUGGCUCUCCUGCGGGAGGACGGCGUCUUCCACCCGGCGCCGCGGGGCUCCGUCCUGGGCUCCGUCCGCCCCCAGUUCCAGGCCCUCGACCUGCGCAGGCGCUCCGACAUCGGGCGCCUGUUCGUGAGGACGAGCGACGACUGCCUCGCGGUGGACAUCGCCUUCGGCGCUCGCGACCCGCGGGCCCGAGCAGUAGGGGCGGAGUCCAGGCGGCGCUCGGCCGACGCGGGCUCCGCCUCUGGCGGCGGGCCGAGAGACUCCUGGAGGUUGACGUUUGGUUGUACCUCCGAGGCCGUGACGCUGAUCCAUCACCUGUCCGCCUGAGCGGCUCCGCGCCGUCCGGAGCGGAGGAAGGAAAACACGGCGUUCCUUUCAGGCGCCGCUACGUCCACGUUUGCCUCUACGCGGGGGAUAAAAGACGGACCCAUCUGGGGGUCGGAUGUCAUCUUGUGAUCUUUUUGAAGAUGCUCAGCAGUGGAGACAUGAAGAUAAACCGUCUGUCAGCAUUUAAGAAAGUUGAAAUUGCUUCUUUACAGUUAUUAAUUAAUUGUGUUAAUUAAUUUUUGCUAAAUGUAAUUCUGUCAAAUUUGGUUUAAAGGGAACAUUUGGGUGAAUUAUGUGAUUUGGUGUGUUAAAGAUAAUUGAAGGAUUUGUAAUAAUAAAUAAUAAAAAAAACUAUAAUGAAAUAUGAUUAUGUAAUUAAGUAAAUCUGUCAUAAAAUGUCCUCAGAAAUAAAUAAAGAUUUAACUUUCUGUGA